CCUGGCGCCUCAUGGUGCUGGUGUUGAUGCAUAUGCUGUCAUGGUGGCUCACGGGUCCUCUGCUACGGAAUUCAGGGUAUCUGAAUUAUGGGGCAACGACGCUACAGAAUGCGAACCAAGAUGGACUGGUGUCGGAAGAACGUGCAAUUCUGAAACCAUCAACUACAACAUUGUUCUGUAGUCUUCCACUGGCAUUGCCAAGGUUGGUGAUGCAGAUCGGAAGGCCAGUAGGCCGCGCUACUGGUCUGAACCAGGCUAAGGCAGCUUCAGCACAGAGCCCAGUGAGUCUAAUGGGCCAGCAAGGAGGCAGCACAGCCUAGAUAUGGGUCUGUAUAAUUGUUUUGCCAGGAUCAUGUACCAAUGGAACUCGGUUUGCUCUUGUAAAUUGGACUGGACUAAUCCUCGAAAGGAAAAAUAAGUUGAAUUGCUUGACAAAUUC